AUGGAACUUUUGAGGCAAGUGUCCAGCACGCAGUUUUUCUUUCCCGCGGCAGCUGUUGCAGUAGUGUUAGUAUGUGCGGCUCUCGUAUUUUUGUUCGGCUUCCGUACGGCGGAACCGCCACAAUUCGACAAGCUGCCUCUAGUCGUAGAUGAGAGAAAAUCUUCGCAAAAGAAAAAGAAAUUAAAGGAAAAGAAAUCUUCACCUAAUCGCACAUCAAGUGAUGAAAGUAAGAGCAAAAGUGAUAACAAGAAAUCUCCAGCAAAGGAAAAGAGGGAAGUCGAAAAACCAAAGCCAAAAGAGAAAGUUGAACCUAAAGCAGCCAAGAAGGAAGUUGUUACUGAAAAAAAGGUAAAAAAGAAUAAAGUAGCAGAAGUGGAGAAACCGGCUGAUUACGAUGAUGGUUUAUGGGAAGAAGUGCCAAAGAAAAGUGAUAAGAAGAAAGUAAAGGGCAAUGAGAAGGAAAGUCCGGUCAAGAAGAGCAAGAAAAGCAAGGUUAAAGAGAAUGGUAUUGAUACUUCCCCAGUUGAAGAAUCAGCAGAAGUUCCUGAAGAAACCAUCAAGGUGAUUAGUGCUGUAGGUCCUGAUGUAGACGAAGAUGCUGCUAGAGCUUUGCAGGCCCAAGUUGAAGAAUUACAAAGAGUUCUGAAGGAGGCUGAACGUCGUGACCGUGAACAACUGGUUGCCGAAGAAGAGGAAGACGAUGCCCCAGAGGACGAGCUCACGGAAGUUAAGGACCUACGAAGCAACAAGAAAAAUGAAAAUAAGGAAAAACAAAACAAGAAGAAGGAGGCUGUUGUAGCAAAGAGUGUGCCAAAGUCGGAAGAGAACUCCGACUCUGACAAACAGGAAGAGAAGACUGUUCCUGUGUUUGAUGAGCUUGGAGAUACUUGGUCCGAAGCGAAAGUAUCUAAGAAGAGCAAAAAGAAAGCGCGCAAGGAUCAGUGA